GUUGUUCACGUCACCGGAAGCCACGUCACUUCUUCGCGACCGAGGCGGGCGAUUUGAGCGGAUCCGCCACGAUCCCCCGGACACGGACGGUUUCUUCCUCGAUUUUAACACGAUCACCCCGGCUGUGAUCCCCGGUGAAGGUCGGUAUGCAGGGUGGGACACCUCGAAGCGUCAUGUCGGAGUCCAACAAGCCGAGCGACCCGCUGAGGAGACGCUCUCCGCGGCUGAGUUCUCCUCCUCCUCCUCUUCAGGCCAGCUUGAAAACAGACAAUAAAAUGGCGGCCGCGUCUUUAGCCGUCAAACGCCGGAUAACAGUGAGGAAGAUCGCUCCCAGGAAAACCACCGCGCCGUCGGAGCACGACAAGGAGAACACCCCGAGGCCGGAUGGAGACCUCCAGCAGAAGGUGUCCACCCCGGGUCCCAACCCGGACCACGGCAGCUCCUCCACGGCUAAGAAGAAGAAGAACCAGAAGGCCACUCUGCCUUCGCCGAUCCUCCCUCCAUCCCCGCCGCCCUCUCGGCCCCAGGAGUCGGACCCAGACGCCGCGGUGUGGUCCCAGAAAGUGCGCCGGUCCUACAGCCGACUCAGCGACCGGUCACUCAACAGCCCCGACCCCCGUGAGACUCUCUUCGGCUUCGAGAAGCUGACGACCCCCGAGGUGGGCCCGAGAGGGCGGCGGUGUCAACCGGGUCUGGAGGCCUCCGGGUCGGUCACCGGUCUGAACUCCUUCACGUCCCUGCUGCUGCUGGAGGCGGAGGACGGGGGCGCAGCUCAGCCCGAGCCGGACCAGAACAUCCCCGGCGUGACCUUGGUGAAGGAGAAGAGGAGGAGGAGGAAGGUGCCGCAGAUCGCCACCGUGGAGCUGGAGGCGAUGGCUGCGGAGAUGAACGCAGUGUUCGAGGAGGCGGAGGAGUUCGAGCUGGUGGUGGAGUGAAGGAUUCAGACUUAAAGACUGGAGGAAUCCCAUGUUGAGUGUGUCUGAGUGUGUGUCACUGACAUGCUGAGAAAAGACAAACACUCUGGACUGUUUUUGUAUAUUUCUAGUUUUCUAUUUUGUAAAUUUGUUGAUUCUUUGGUGUUUAUCUGUUUGGUAUUUUCAUUUAAAAGCUCUUGAUGUUGUUGUUUAGGUCGUUUUGUGCAUAUUACAUGUGUAGGUAGACCAGUAAGGUAUGUUCUUUCCCCCCCAGUACAAUUAAAGCCUUUACACUGAUUAUCUUUUGAAGAUGCAGUAAUUGAUUGGUUAGUUAAUUUGACAACUCAUUUAAAAAUUACUUUAGAUUGGAUAAUGGUGAAAUUGGUCCUUUGCUUGUGUAGAAAAAACAUAGAGAGGAAAUCUUUUUGGUGUUCCACAGAUUAUAAAUGUAUGUGGAGGCUGUAGAGAUAUGAAGAUCAUAACUUUCUUUUUCAUUACUGGUAUGAUCUGAACAUUAUAAAUUAACAGAUAAUUUCUUGUGUUUCUACCAAUGUUGAUCGAAGACGCAUUAUGUAUCUACUUUCAUUUCCACUGCAGAAAUGUGAGAAGUACUUCAGAAUCUUCAAACCAGAUUGCUCAACUUAAAUAAUGUGUUUACUCUCACAUUCACCUGAGUAUGAGAAUCACAAUAGGACAUUAAGACUUCACCUGUCAAUGUUGUUUUCUGUCUUAUCUUGAAGAUAAUCAGUUUUGAUCCUUGAUUGACUAUUCGUGUAAAUAAAUAAUCAAAUUCA